AUGGCGCCAGUCCAACUCUACGUGUACGACUUGUCGAGGGGAAUGGCGAAAUCCAUGUCGCUCGCCCUCACAGGCAAGCAGAUCGACGGAAUAUGGCAUACUUCUGUUGUUGUCUUUGGCCGCGAGACCUUCUUUGGUCAGGGCAUCCUCCACUCUGUCCCUGGCAAGACGCACCACGGCGCCCCGGUGCAGAUCCUGGACAUGGGCGAGACGCAACUCGACGAGGAGACAUUCAACGAGUACAUCGAGAGCAUGGCGGAAGAGUAUACGGCGGAGAAGUACCAUCUUAUGGAGUUCAACUGUAAUCACUUCACCGCAGACGUGGUAGGAUUCUUGACGGGCGGGACCAUACCCGAGUGGAUCAGCGGCCUACCGGCAGAAUUUUUGGCUACGCCAUUCGGGCAGCAGCUCAGGCCCAUGAUUGACCAGAUGUUCCGCGGCCGAUCGUCAACGGAGCACCGGGUCAACCCUUCUGCUGGACUCAGCACAUCAGCGCUUCCUACGCCUCCCGCUACUCGCUCGGGCACACCCUCGGCGGCAGCCUCGAGCCUCCUCGCUUCGGUUGCUCAAGCCGCGUCAGGUCCACCUGGCUCUUCCUCUUCCCCUUCACUCAAACCCCUCACUACCCCACUCGCACUUGUCACCUCCCUGUCCAACUUCAACUCCAUCCUCUCCUCAACUACCGCCGUCAUCGUCAACUUCACCAAUACCCCUACCUGUCCUCCUUGCCGGAUGAUCAAGCCGAUAUAUGAAGCACUGGCGAACGACCUCGCAUCUAUGUACGCCAGCAAAGGCAUCCGCUUCCUCGAGGUCGAGCUGGGCAUGGGGGAAGGCCGGGACAUUGCCGGUCGACAUGGUGUCUCUGCCACCCCUACGUUCCAGUUCUUUCGGGAUGGCAAGAAGGUGGAGGAACUUCGUGGAGCGAGCAAGCGGGAACUGGAGUCCAAGGUGGAAACCUUCCUAGAUGAGUGCUUUCCUCGGCAUAAGCACAGGCGGGUAUACAUGCCUGCCCUGGAGCAUCUCCCUAUCGACCCGAUACGGAGCUCAAACAUCCCAAAUUACGCGGCGCUGCUCGGCAAGCUCGAGGGAUUUGCUGGCGGAGCAGACGGGAUCAGGGUGCUCAAGGAGCGAGCGGUGCCGCUGCUGGAGGGCAAGGUCUCAGGGGAGGCGGAGCGGAAGGCUGUCUAUGCGGAAUGGACACAGGCGACUACAAGUCUUCUGGGCUCGCUGAAGGCGGAGGAGACCUUCCCCGUCGUUGACCUGUGGCGGGUCGCACUGCUCCAGCCGGCGCUCGUCGCGCUGCUCACGGUCGCCCUAUCGCCUACCUCACCCGGCCCUGAACCUAUCUCCCCCAUACUCUCGCUCGGUGCGGCGACAUUGCAAUCCAAAGGCGCCGAUACGCCAAAACCAUUCCUCCUCACCGUCCUUCGCACACUCACAAACCUCCUCGCCUCGCUUCCUCUCGCAAAUCUCAUACUCGGCUCCCCCUCCACCAAUCAGUCAGAUCUCAUCUCCAUCCUCGUCGACUCCCUCCUCCACUCAGACGCCGCCGUCCGGACGGCUGCGGGCGGGCUAGCCAUCAACAUCGCCAACUGGCGACAUCGAUCUGCGAAAGCCACCGGCGCACCCGCGGAAGAAACAGGCGAGCAAGACUGGGAAGUCGAAGUGCUUUCGGCGCUGGUGGAGGCGAUAGGGAACGAGGCCGACGAGGACGUCAGCCACAGGCUGCUAGUGGCGCUUGCGCAGGUGUGUUAUCUGGCGCCAGGGUACGAGGGGAAUCUGGAACCUUUGUUGGAGGUACUGGGGGCGAAGGAGGUGAUUAGAGGCAAGAUGGCGGGAUGGAAGAAGAAAGACGUGAGAAAGUUGGCGGAUGAGGUGUUGGGCAAGUUGAUCUAA